AUGAAGAAGAGAUUAAGUGUAGGGAUUUGUCAAGCAAGUGAAGGAUGUAUAUAUAAUGAGAUUGAGGAGAUGCAUCCACGGACAUUAUUCGAUAACAUCGAACAAAUUAAUCUAACCAAUAUUAUACCCAUAUGGGCGGCGCCGGUGGAAGUGGAUGAACUAAAGACGAAGCUGGUGGCUGCGUGA